UUGUGGCAAGUCUCAAAGAAUGCGCAAGAAGUUUUGGAUUGUGAAAUUCAAGUUAUGAUUUCUGGAAUUUCAUUUGGACAUUUUUUGGUGAGUUUUUUAUAUGAAAAAUUAAAAUUUGAUUAAAAAUUACUUGAAAUUCUGAACUUUCAAUUUGAAACUCAUAAAAUUUAGUUUCUCUUGAUUUUUUAUUCAGAAAAAUCACGAAGAACUGGAUUUUAUCAGUUUGAAAUUGGAAUUUCAGCGGAGAUGCGGAAGCUAUGCCCAAUUUUUGAAUUUUUAUACAAAAACUUGUUAUGAAAACUCAAUGUUUCUUCCUUCCAGAUUCCGGUCACCAACAUGGCCUCAGCGAACUUCUACAUAACAGUUUUGCAUUCAUCCCGUAAGUUUUUUCUACCUUUUUAAUAAAAAUGACCUAAAGCCUAGAAGAUUCCAGAUCUGAGAGACCUAUUUUACCGGCUAAAAAGCACGAUUUUUGUUAUGCUUUGAAAGUCCCAUUCUCAAGCCUAAAGAAGGUCGAAUUUCUAGCCUGAUCCCAUAAUUUCCCCAUUUCCAGGCCUCGUCUCAACAGCGCCGGUAGAUCCUCGUCAAGUCAUCAUCGAAUUGUCUGGCUACGUUUGUCGGCCCGAAGAAACAACGAGAGAAGCUGGCGGUAUUGCAGGCGUCUAUCAAUAUGAUGGCCUAAUGAAAGGACCGACUGGAGAGGAUAUUGGACCAUCCACUGGAAAUGAAUUGAUUUGUAUUGAUGCGAAAAAGAAGGGAAAUGAUUCGAGAUAUACUAGAAGGUAUGGAGAUUUUUGGAUCAAAGUGAGCCUAGAAAUGUUGUCAGUCCUGAAAAUUAGCCUAAACUUGGUCUAGAUCUAGUUUUGCGAUCCCUAAAGUUCGGAAGCCGAGUCGGAAGAUAUGCGGGAAUUUUGGAUUUUUGCUUGAAAUUUUUAGAAAUUCGAUAAAUUUUGAGCCCUGGAGCUUGAAAAUCAGAAGUUUCGCUCAAAAUUUUGAGAAAAGUUGAUAAAUUUUGAGCUCUGGAGCUUGGAAAUCUGAGAGUUUGCUUGAAAUUUUGAAAAAAUUGAUGAAUUUUGAGCCCUGGAGCUUAGAAAUAUCAAAAAUUGACCUAAAAUUCAAAAAUGGAUGCAUUUUGAGCCCGAAAGCUUGAUGAUUCUGAACAAUUGAUGAAUUUUGUGCUCUGCUCUGGAGAGACAUAAAAAUUUGAUCCUGAUUUUGUGAUGCAAUUCAGAUAUAUUUGGAGUUAAAUCAGAUUCAGAAAUUGGAACCUGCAUUCGAAUUCAAAUAAAAAUGUUUUCUAAUUAUCCUGUAUUAUUUUUUUCAAUAAAUAAUUUUUCCAGAAUUUCGCGAGAAUUCCAAGUGGUCCACAAUCUAGCUUCUCUCAUCAAUGGGAUAAUUUGGUUGAUUUCGAUGGAAAUGGCUGAAAAUAAGGAUAAGAUUUCGAAUUCUGAUAUGACUUAUCAUUAA